AUGACCUCCAGGACCCCCAUAGGCGUCCACCCGCGACCGCCGCAGCGAGCUCUCAGCAGUUCGACGCUGCCGCCGGUCCAGCGCCCUCCGCCUCAGCAACGCGCCCUGUCGCAACAGCUGUUUCCCUCAUCGCCCAUCCGCAAGGACUCGAUCCUCAGCGAUGCCUCGAGCGACUCCUUCGACCCUGUCCAGGCCCAGAGCCAUGGCGCGAACCAAGCUCAAGCCCAAGGCCGUCUUGUCGCCACGCCGCGAAGAGUCGGCUCGCGGCUGCGUCUCGAACUCUCCAACAUCGAUCCGGUCGUAGGAAGCGCAGCGUCAGCGUCCCUCUCGGCGUCGGCCUCAGCAUCCGUUUCCGCCGCCUCAUCGCCCCAGAGCCACGCCACGUCGCGGGUGCCGUCGAUGGCUGAUGCUGCAGACGUCGGCGACUCCAGCCCGGCGCCCUCUCGGGCCUCGGCGGCCGACAUCGACAAUGACAACCAGCCUUUGCCCAUGCCCAAACGACGUCCGCCAACAUCACAAACAUACCCAGAGCUCUCGAGACGACUGGCAGCCCCUUCGCGGGCCGCGCCGGCCCUCAAGAAAGACGGUCGUCCGAGGCCUUGGACCGUCGAGGUUCCCAAGGGCGCUCCACGCUACCCCUCGUCUGAGAAACGGCCAAACCCAACGGGUGGUGACCCUUUCAGUCGGGGGCUCUUUUCUGGACACGCCGACUUCUUCCCAUGGCAUGGCGGCAACGGCAAGCAUCACGAAGACGACUGGAGCCCCGAAGCGAUCCAAAAAGGCACUUGGGAUCGUGGCAACCAGAACGAGACGAGCUCCGCGAGAAUGACUAUAUCCCCGGCUAUCAAGCAGAAAUCGGGCCUCAGUGCCCUUUCUACCAUCUUCAUGGGUGUGCUUAACCAGCGCAGGCACCGCGGUCAUGUCACUGCUCCAUCGACGUUUAAACCUCCUCCUCGCGUUACCCUGACGGAUACCAAGAGGGAGGUCUGGAUGAAGGACUUGGCCAAUCCCGCUAUCUCCCUCCGGCGGCUGAGUAGAACCAUCCCCCAUGGCAUCCGUGGCCGCACUCUUUUGGACCAGUGUCUGAACAAGAGCGUCCCAACCGAAAGAGCUGUCUGGCUGGCCAAGUGUGUCGGUGCCAACGAGAUCCGCGCCUUCAAGAGAAAAGGUGCUCCCGGUGGCGCCUUUGCCAUAGCAGGCGAGUUCAAGUGGAUAAGAGACUGGACCGUCUUUGUGGAGCAAUUUAUAGAAUCCGUUACCUCUGCGUUUGGCGAACCAGACUGGAAGGCCAAGGUGACUUACGCAAUACGAUUGGCGACGAACCUCUAUGCCGAGCAGCUCCUUGAUCGAGACCAUUACCUUGACUGGAUUACAUCCGGCCUAGAGCACAGCCCUCAGUCCAAGAUCCCCAUGUGGAUUCUGAUUGCCCAGAUAUGUUGGGCCGACAUCUUGCGCUCGCGCAAAUAUGGGCGUCGCCUUGUUUACUCCAUCCUUGGCCAUCUUCAUACCAUCCAUGUACACCCUGACAAGGAUAUUCUUAUUCAACUGUCGAGCCAGCUCUCGACCCUACUCGCCUCGCUCAUCAGGAACAACCCUGACAGCUUCAUCGACCCAGGCCUUUGGCCAAAAUACAAAGAUGCUCUGGAAGCAUUCCUACCUCGGGAUGACAAAGCAGGCCGAGAGGCGUACCACCAUGUCAGUGUCAGAAAUGGCCAAGUGUCCAUCACUAGCACUGCUUCGCCAGCGGCCGGGCGACCGCAGCUGGUGCGGCUACUGGAUGCAACGCUGCUUAGCCAGAUAGAUCGCGAUCUGCCCCAAAAGUGCUGGGCCACCGGAGACGACAAGGUUGAUAUCGUGAGGACGACCGUGGACUGGGCUACGUCGUUCUAUCGCCCUGGCCUGGCAAGGGUGUACAUCGCGGCCAACCUUAUCAAGGUUUGGAGCACGCUCAGGAUCAACGUCACCGCCACCAUUCUCGAGCACAUGGACACUAUUCCGGCCGGCGAUGGUGGACGGAAGCAGAUGGUCUACCACCUGGUGACGGAGCUGGUCCGGACGGGACAGUUCCUGGUCUCACAAUAUCUCCAGUGGCUUGUGGCCCGCGGCGCCUGCAGCCACCCCUCCGAGGUGGACUCCGACGAUGCUCCUUGCACCACCCGAUUGCUCAUUCACCUCCCCAUACAUUACCUCACCGAAGACCAGAAGGAUGACCGGGCCAACCUGCUGAGGCGGGCUGCCAACUACUCCACCGCCGAGGAAGCAAGCGACAUCAGCAACUCCUUGAUGUGCGUCAACCACACCCUGGGCUUGCCUGUGGAGGGAGACGCCAUGGCCGGCAGAAGGCCGAUUCCUUUGCGGAAGCUUCUCCCGAGGAUUAUCAGCAGCUCAAAGGCUUUGCAGACUGCCGUGGGCCUUCAUCUGCGCGAGACUGUCUUGAGGCUUGUCAAAUCUGUCCAGCCAGUAUCCCUGCGUAUGUUCUCUGCCAUACGCACCAUCUUGGAAGCGACUCAAGACUUCUAUGCCCUUUGUGACGUCCUCAAACUUUGCUCCAGGACGACCAACAUCGAGGUGCUCGCAUCCUGCGUCGACACUGUAAACCUCCAUUUGCAGGUAUUCUACGCCCAGGGUGGUGCCGAGCGGCUGUUCACCAUCUUCUUUGAGCGGCUCAAGGCCAUCAACCAAGAGCAGGGACUGGUCUCGCGCCCGCUGCUUGCCGCGCUUUGCUUCCUCUCCCGGCGGAUGCCCAGCCGCCAAGAACUCUCCAAGUAUCUGGCCCACGAGCUUACCCAGAGCGAUCGCAACAACGCAACUGACGCAUGCUCCCCCAUUUCGGACAACAUGGUCAAUCCACCGUCGGGUGCUGAUGGCGAGGUCUCGGAACAGAUUGAGAAGCUGCUGGCGAGCGGGAACAGCAUAGACCACCCAACCAUGAACCGUCUGUUUGGCUAUAUCAUACGGAGACUGGAAGCAGGCUGGGCCAAGAUGGAUGACAACCGAAGGGUUCACGCAUCCCUUCUAACCCGCCUACGUUUAUUCGAUGCCCAGCAUUUUGACAAGCUCAUGUCUGACUGGGUUGGGCGUGUUCGACUACUCAAGAGCCGCCAAAGAUUGGAUGCCGUGUUUCCUCUCCUCAUCAUCACCGAUGCUCUGCCUGUUUCGUUCUUGGAGCUGCUUCAUCUGGUCCUGUCGAGACUGCCUGCUGACUCGGACCUGAGCCAAGAGGAGGCUUACCGCUUUGGCAUCUACCAGCGGGCCAUACAGCUGAAUCAUUACAAAGGCCUGCUUUCGCUCAUACGCCAUGCGGCCGUUGAAUAUGCCGACCUUCGGGCUCGGGUUGGCAACACGAAACUGCCCCUUGAUGACGAUACAUACCGUGAGAGUGUGCUCGACGCCUUGCGACUAUUGGUUGUGGUGCACACACCAGACGUCACGGAAGCUUUCAGCCCCAAGAACAUACCUCCGGCAGGGUUCCGUCUUGUUCAUGAGAUGAUCAGCAGCCUUUUCCAGCAGGAAGGGCAUCCUCCAGGCGCGCCUUUGGCAGCAUCCUAUGACGAAAUUUUGCGACUUACCAACGAGCUCACCAUGCCAUUCUGCCAGAUUAAGCUCAACAUGGAUCUGUCCAUCUCGCCACCUCGACCGACCGAGGGUGAAGAUGGUCAGCAGCAGCCGAGCCCCUCCCCGUUCGAUCUAUUUGCCAAGGCUAUGGAUCGCGCCAUUGAGGCCCAGAACAUUAUGUGGACGACCAUGCUCCCCUGUCUGAGUGAAGAUAUUUCUCGCCAUCUACAAAGCCAGGCUCGUUCCCGGUUUUUGGACCUGGUGCCGACAUCCUCCAAGGAGCCCAGCAACCUCCAGAACGCCGCUGCAAACAGUAACAACUUAUACCUUGCUGAAAAGCUACUAGGCGUCAUUGAGGCCAUCGUGGUAGGCCAGCCGCCGCCGAACACGGCCCAGCUCAACAGUGUUGUGGCUGAUAGGCUGUCGAACCUUGUUGAGAUUGUCGUUGCGCCAAAGGAUCAUGAGGAUAAGACGGAGGGGAUGCUCGUGCCCAUCAUCGAACACUGGCUACCAAUGCUGUUGAAGUUUGUGCUCUUGCACAGUGUAUCUCUGGAACCAUUGAGCGCGUCCGUCAUGACCACUUCCGCCCAAGGCAAGCUGGUUCUGCCUCCGCAUCACGAGGCGCGAGCGCACACUGUCCUGACUCUCUGCCGCCUUUUCCUUGCGCUCGAAGCGCUGCCGAGCCAGCUAGUCGGUGGCAGCUUGCUGCAGCAGGUGUUUGAUGUCACCACGGUUCUCGCGGAUGGCUUGCCGGAUGACCUACGCCUUCACUGCGCCAAGUCCAUUCUCCUUCUUCCGGGCAUGAUGCCGAGCCUUCACACUUCUUCGGACGCUCGCCUGCAUUACAUUCUCAGCGUUCCGCAGAUGGCCUCGACGGACGCCCUGAUGCUUGCUCACAGGGAGAAGACGACGACGCCUCAUAGCACGGCAGCUAGGGGCAUGGGUGCAAUGUAUGGCAUUGGCCCGGCAUCUCAAGAGAGGCUCUCUCCGUACGUUCUCCGGCGGUGGGAGUUGCUUAGCGAGCCUACCCCUAAUGUCGGAGUGAACGAUACGAGCUUGAGCCUAAGUCUUUUUGAAGCCAUCAGGAUACACUAA